UUCCUUCUAUAUAUCCUCCUCAACUACACCCACUUUCAUCAUAUACACUCAUCCAAAUCACUUUACUUCUCCCUAAAAUAUCUCUUCUUUCAAGAAAAAAAAACUUUGUUUGUUCAGAAAUGGCGCUCAUUCCAAGCAUCUUCGGUGGUGGCCGGCGAAGCAACGUCUUCGAUCCCUUCUCUCUCGACAUUUGGGACCCCUUCGAAGGCUUUUCGGGCGCAGUAGCCAACGUCCACAACGCGGCGGCGCGUGAUGCCUCUGCUAUUGUGAACGCCCGCGUCGACUGGAAGGAGACUCCAGAAGCUCACGUUUUCAAGGCUGAUCUUCCCGGGCUGAAGAAGGAGGAAGUGAAAGUGGAGGUGGAAGAUGGAAGGGUUCUUCAGAUCAGCGGAGAGAGGAAAGUAGAGCAUGAGGAGAAGAACGACAAGUGGCACCGCGUUGAGAGGAGCACCGGCAAUUUCAUCCGUCGGUUCAGGCUGCCGGAAAAUGUAAAGAUGGAUCAGAUCAAGGCCACCAUGGAGAAUGGUGUGCUCACUGUGGUUGUCCCCAAAGAAGAGGUGAAUAAACCUGAGACUAAGCCCAUCGAAAUCUCUGGUUAAAUGGUGGUGAUUUUGGUAGUGGCAGUUUUUGGUUUGAAGUGAUGUGGAAUAAACGGGAGUGUUUGGUAAUGUUUAAUGUUUUUUUUUUUUUUUUUUUCUUUUUUUAAGAUUUCAUGAGAUGAGAGUGUCAUCUUUGUAGUUUUGUACCGGCAAGUUUGUGUUCACGGCCGGUGUGAUGUAUGUAUGUAUGUGUUUUUUUUUUUGGUAAGGGUAUGUUGUUGCAACUCUUUUAUGGUUUAAUUCUAGUAUAUUUUUGGGCUC